GGAGCUGCAGCUGCGUCGGGCGGCCUGGCUGCGCUGGGAGGCCCUGCACCGGCUCCUGCAGGAGGUGCUGAUAGAGCAGAGGGCUGGCAGGGGGGAUGCCAGCCCUGCCCUGGAGCACAGGAAGUCCUGAGACAACAUGGACCGCGGCUGCUGGUCGGGGAGCUAAGCCGCAUCCUGGGCCGGGUCCCUUUCCCUGCGCUGAGCUGACCGCCCCUGCUGGACCUGGGGCCCCCUGGCCCCUGGGAAGCUUGCUGCCCCCGAGCCAGGACCUGCGCUGCUGCGGCGCAUCUUCCCCCAGGAGAUUUGAGUGUGAGAGGUUGCGGCGACAAGGGGCUGGCCUGCUGAGCUACCACGGCCUGACAGCGACAGAGCGGGGGAGACGGCGCGCUCUGUCCAUGCUCUGGACCCUGGCGGAGGGACUGGGCAGCGGGCAGCGGCGCCUGCAGCGCCCCCGGAGCCGGCGCCGGGAAGCUGCUGGGGGCUCUUGGAGAGGCAGCGAGCCCGCCCGUUACCCCAGGUUCAUCCUGCGGUGCCUGGGCCAUGCUGCGGCGCCUGGCCGAGGGCACCGGCCUCGGGCACAGCCCAGCUGGACCGGUCAACACCCACUACCUGAGGUGAAGUUGCAGCGCAUUCUCAAGAUCAGGCUGGAGGAGCUGAACGUGCUGCUGGACACCUACUCGCCAGAGAGGGUGGAGGUGCAUCGGGCCAUCAGGGCCAGCCUGCAGGGAGGCGUGCAGCAGCAGGAGCAGGAGCUGGCCACCGCGCAGAAGAUCCUGGCCACCUACGAGAGCCUGGGCCCCGAGUUCGAGGGGCUGGUGCAGGAGUAUGCCCAGCUGUGCGGGGGCAUCGAGAACAAGCGCUGGGCCCUGCACGAAUUCAACAAGGGCAGCCACUGAUGGGGGGCGCGGGCCCCACUGCCCGGGGGGCAAAUAAACAUGGCGCUGGAUCCUCUGGCUUGGUGCACCUGUCGUCCUUCCUGCCCCCGGGGCCCCUCCCCGAGCCAGCGCAGAACCCAGGAGUCCUGCCCCCAGCUCCCCGUGC